AUGCAAAAAGUCGACGAACUUUUGAAAAAAAAAGCCAAGCCAAGAUAUCUUUAUCAAAAUAGAACAGGAAUAAAUAAAAGUCAAAUUGAGACCCUCAACGCACCUGAAGCAUGUCAUAAAAGUUCUUCAAUCUCAGACGUUAUUUCUCUUAAUUAUCGGUUAAGUCUCAAUUUUAUAUUAUGUUUCGUCUUUAUUCCGAUAGUAUGGAAACAUAAUUAUAAGUUACAUAAAGAAAUGAAAACUCCGCAAAAUAUUUAUACAUCAGUUGCCAUUAAACCAGAGCUUGGAAAUGAUAUUCAAAUUUAUCGAAAUCUGUCACAUUUUCUCAGAAAUUUAAUCGAACAAAACACUGAUUGA